CACUAUCAUUCUCAAUCUCCUCGCAUUUUAUUGGACUCUGUUAUGGAAGCUACAACCCUUGUGAAGACCCCAUCCUAUCAAGGAUGUUACCCACCACAACAACACCAAUCGAUGUGAAGGCAGGGAUAGGAGGAGGUCAAGGCUUUGUGGCACAUUUUCUUCCUCUGUUGUCUCAUGGAUGUCACUGCCAUCCUCCCGUACCAAGGUACUGGCGAGUGGGGUUCCGGAGGCCUGCUCGUCCUAAGCACUCGUGUGUGCAAGUGAAAAGGACCGAGGAAACAAGAAGAACAACCCCCGUGCAGGUACUGGUGAGUGGGGUUCCGGAGGACUGCUCAUCCCGAGCACUCGUGCGUGCAAGUGAACAGGACCGGGGAAAUAAGAAGAACAGUGCAAGAACUUGUGAACCAUAGAUGAGCAAAAGAAUGGAGGAGGCGUUCGCUGUUGGCCUCGGGAGGAAGAAGGAGAAUAUGGAAACCAAAUCCCGCGCCCCUAAUUCCGUUACGUGAUUAUUGCCUGUGGACGUUACAAGAGACAAUUACGGAGAUUCGGAUUUAUUCCCUUAAACUCCCAGCCGUUGCAAAAGGAAGGAGGCGGGCGGAGCCUCGUCCCGGACCAGACCGACCGGCUCGGCGCGCGCAUGCCGGUCUUCCCUCCAUCUCAACCAGUCAACAAGGAGUCUAUACUAACUCUUUAUUUAACAUCAGCAUAUCAUCUUAAUUGGCUCCCUCCAUAUAUCUAGCUCAAAUUAAUUAGCUGCUGCAAGCAAGCAAAUAUUAAGCAAGCGCGCCGCCAUGGCAGCAGCAGUCAUCCUCCUCUCUUGUCUGGUUCUACUCCACGCGGCGUUAUCGGAUGCGGCCGGCGGUGAGCUUCAGGCCCUGGAUUGCUCGACGGCCGGCAACUACAGCGCCGGCGACGCCUAUGCGGCGAGCCUGCACCGGCUGCUCGCCGCCAUGGCGGAAAGCAUCGACGACGGCGGCGGCGGCGGCUUCUUCAAAGGCGCCGUCGACGUUGGUCAGGGCAGUGGCGGCACCGUCGUCUAUGGACUCGCCAUGUGCUCCGCCGGGUUGUUCUCCCGCGGCGCCGACGGCUGCAAGGGCUGCCUCACCGCCGGCGCCGGCGCGCUGGUGGAACGCUGCCCGGGCAGCACGACGGCGGCGGCCAUGCUCGACCGGUGCCUGCUCCGGUACUCCGACCGAAACUUCUUUGGCACCGCCGACACAGAUAUCGUUUUCAUCCGCAUCGGUGCAACCAGCGUGUCCUCCUCCUCCUCCUCCAACUCCAAGAUCACCUACAGCGACAGCCUGAGGAAGCGCUUCGCCUUCCUGAGCGCGCAGGCGGCAGCCUCGCCGGAGCGGCUCGCCGCGAGCGGCGGCGAGGCGAGCCGCCGCCCGUACGCCGUGGCGCAGUGCACGCGGGACCUGCCCUCCGAGAGGUGCCGGGCGUGCCUCGAGGCCCUGUCGGCGAACGCCUCGGCCGGCCUGCUCGCCGCCGCCGCGGCGGAGGGCGAGCUGAAGAGCCUCAGCUGCCGCCUAAGGUACAGCUUCACGGCGGUGACGACGACGACGAGGCGGAUGGCUCAGAGUGUAGAUUAUUCUCCAUCAAGCGGUCGAAGUCAUGGGUCCAGUUCUUCUAGCAUGGUGGUUGUUAUCAUUGGAGCAGUAGCUGCGGUGGUGAUCCUGGUUGUGUUACUGGUUUGCUUUAUGCGCAAGCGGGCGAAGCACCCAUUCGGCCACCAGCGCAUGCCAAAAAUAACAGAGACCGAGAUGCCUAACCAACAACAAAAAGUGAAUUAUUCUUCGGCGAUCAUGCAAAGCGAAAGGCGAUUCUCGUACGCGCAGCUGCUGGCCGCGACCGACAACUUCUCGCCGGAGAGGAAGCUCGGGGAGGGCGCCUUCGGUGCAGUCUACAGAGGCGACCUGCCGCCGCCGCCGCCGACGACGACGACGGAGCAGCAGCCGGUGGGAGUGUCCGUGGCGGUGAAAAGGAUCCUGCGCGUGAACGAGCGGGCGCUGCAGGACUACGAGAACGAGAUCAGGGUGAUCGGCGCGCUGAGCCACCCCAACCUCGUCCCCUUCGUCGGCUCCUGCAGCGACAACGGGGAGCUGCUCCUGGUGUACCAGCUGGUGCGCAACAGGACCCUCGACUACCAUCUCCACGGCAGCGACGCCGCCGCUGCGCUUCUAACUUGGCAAAGAAGGUACAAGAUAGCACUUGGCAUGGCGUCAGCUCUGUCGUACCUACACUCCAACCAGCCGCGCGUCCUGCACAGAGACAUCAAACCUGGCAACGUGAUGCUGGACGAGGAGUUCAACGCCAAGGUCGGCGACUUCGGGCUCGUCAGGAUCAUCCCCGCCGACGGCGCCUCCUGCCCGAUGACCGUCUUCGGCUCCUCCAGCUACAUCGACCCGGAGUACUGCACCACCGGCCGGGCCAGCGCCGCGUCCGACGUCUACAGCUUCGGCGCCGUGCUCCUCGAGAUCGCCUCCGGCGAUGCGCCGGCGGCUGAUGAAUUCGCCACCAGCAGGCGGCGGAACGCCGUCGUCGACAGGUUCAGGGCACUGUACGCCGGCGGCGGCGGCGGCGCGGCGGCGCUGGUCGACGCGGCGGACCGGCGCCUGAACGGGGAGUUCGACGAGGAGCAGAUGGAGCGCCUGGCGCUCGUGGGGCUUCACUGCGUGCAGUUCGACCACCGCGUGAGGCCCUCCAGCGAGGAGGUGCUGGGUUACUUGCAGGGCCGGUUGCCCGUGCCUCCGCUUGAGAUCAAGGUUCCCAGACGAGGCGCAGAGACAUCGUCGACCUCGCGUCACCAACAAGCUGUGCAUUCUUUAAUUUCGAUCGUUGAGUAAUCACAAGAAGCCACUAUAAUAUUAUAGCAUUAUAGUAUUGGUCAAAAAUAUUUAUCGUUUAGUAGGAGAUUUAGUUAAACAAGUAAUUUUGUAUUAGAAUAAAUCUGUAAAACCAUAUAAGAUUAUGAUAUUAUGAUAAUACAUUUC